GCAGCUCACAGGACCAGCAGCAGCAAACCAGGGAGGAGGUAAGCGCCUUCAUUCAUUACUGAUAGAAUGAUGACUUUACCUGAAACCUUUCAAAGACCUCCUCAACCCACUGGAUAUAAAUUAGGAUGUUCAAAGAUAUUUGCGGUCGCUCUGCCUAUUGCACAGAUUGCACUUGGAGUAGUGUAUCUUCACGAAUGUCCGAAGCAGGACUACAUCCCCAUCUAUUUGAUAGUGUCGGGGGUUUUUGGCCUGAUGCUAUCAUGGCUCGCCUGCCUGCCUUGUGCUCAGGAGCCUGAAGACGGCACCACAAACCCACUCAGUCUAGUCUGCAUGGCCUGGAAUUCGCUGACGUCUUUCUUCCUCUUCUGCUGGUUCAUCGCUGGUAAUGUGUGGAUCUAUUCUAUUUACCAGCCCAACUAUAACAAGACCACCACAGACGUUGAUCCUUACUGCAACAAGACUCUCUACUUGUUUGCUUUCUGGACCACCACCUUUGGCUACAUCCUCUUAGGUCUCGCCCUGUUAAUCGGCUGCUGUAAAAUGUGUUGCUUCUGCCUGUUUUUCACUGCCAAUGACUAGCGACUUCAAGGAGACGGGAGGCGCCAAGUGUCGCUGCGCACAUCACGCUUUUCGCUUGUGCGGCAGUUAAAUCGUCUUUUACACGUGUCCUCGAUGGAAGAUUGAGCGAUUCACCUUUUUCUGAAAUGGGCUCCAAAAAGUGUAAAAGCUGUGCACAGAAAAGCACCUCAUGUGCAAAACGACUAAUCGUUUGAAAACCUCGCCUUGUGCUGUAGUUGCACAGCUUUAUGUCUGGCAGCUCUGUGUGAUUUGUAACUUUUAAGAUGAUAUAAAUUUUAACAUUGAUCAUAAAUAAUGUAUCUGUAAAUGCUGAGUCCUUUUUACAACAGCAAGUGUUGUGCUCAAAUGUAAUGAAAUAUAAAAUAUCUGCUCUUGUUGUAUUCAUGCUGCCUUGUAAUUAAUAAAAAUUGUAUUAUUUUACUUUAUUACAUCCAUUAUGGUGUUCAUGUUUUUGGCCACAUUUGUCUGUAUAUGAAGUCCAAGUAAAGGAGUUAUUUGGAUUAGGGGUGUCAAAUUAUCGCGUUAAUUGUGAUUCAUUAAUUACAGUCAUAUUUAGCACGUUUUGUUUUCUAAUCGUGUUAAUU